UUAAGUCUCAUAUCAUAUAGUAUGUAGACUCCAUAUAAUCAGAAAAUCAAGCUAUUGUGUUUUUCAUGUAAUUGUGUAUACAUAACAAGUCAACUCUAGCCACAUAUCUAUUUCGGCUGUCUUCGGCUAAAAUCGGGAUGAAUGUUUGUAGUCGACCCUGUUAGGCUGAUGGUCCCGUCACGCCUCUGCAACACGUAACAGCAACCUAUUCAAGGUUACAGCAUGGUAGAAGAAAAAUGGGAUCACAUCUGACAAGUAUGUGUUGGUCGGUCACCGUCUGACAGGAUGCAUAUCACGGAUUUUCUGUCUGGAUCCUUGGCAGGGGCAUGUGGAGUUGCAGUGGGCUACCCUCUGGACACUGUGAAGGUCCGAAUCCAAACCCAGAAACAGUUCACUGGGAUAUGGCAGUGUGCAGCAGAGACUUUUUCAAAAGAAGGGGUGCAUGGCUUCUUCAAAGGCAUGUCCUUACCCAUCACUACGAUCUCUAUGACCUCCUCAGUGGUGUUUGGCACAUACAGGAACUGCCUGCAAUGUCUGAGUCAGGCACGAGGAGGGUGUCCAAACACCAAACCAGAGGUCUUCCUGUCAGGCAUGUUGGCAGGGAUAGCUCAGACGUCCGUGAUGUCUCCAGGUGACAUGGUGAAAGUGCGUCUGCAGUGUCAGACGGAGUCCAAGCGAGGCGGUACCAACAUGCCCAAACCGAGGUACCUCGGCCCAGUCCACUGUCUGCUCAGCAUUAUCAAAGAAGAGGGGUUCAGGGGGCUCUACAAAGGUGCGCUCCCACUCAUGCUAAGAGAUGCGCCGUCUUACGCCACCUACUUUCUGACUUACACAACCAUCUGUGAAUUGCUGACAGACGGCAGCAAGAAAAGACCAGAUUGGGGUGUUGUGAUGCUGGCCGGUGGAUUAGCAGGAAUGGUAGGUUGGACUUUAGGAACGCCCAUGGACGUGAUCAAAGCCCGUCUGCAGGUCGACGGGGCACGGGAGACGAAGCGAUACAGGGGUUUCAUACACUGCAUCACUGAGACCGCGAGGGUGGAGGGAGCAGGGGUGUUCUUCAAGAGCUUAGGCAUCAACUGUUUGCGCGCUUUCCCCGUCAACAUGGUGGUGUUCGUCACAUACGAGGUUCUCAACGGUUUCCUAAAACAAGGACAUGAAAGUGUUGAACCACCUCAGUUUGGGUUCGAAUAGGAUUACCUUGUCUGCUUAAUCUUUGGGGUAUUUUAUGUUUACUAAAUACGUAACGACAAAUAACUUUUGGGGAAGAAAAAGGCUUUUGCAUUGCAGUAUUUUAAUGGAAUAAUUGUAUCCACAUCCGUCUGUUACAUUUAUGCUUAUAUGCUUAGGGGUAAUUUAUCAGUACUACAAGUUGGACCACAUGCCUCUGGCCACUAGAUGGCCUUCCUGGCUAAUUUGUUUUCUGUAUGUUAUUGACAAGAGAACAGUUUGUAUAACUGUAUAAGAAGUAUACCAAGAAAACCUCAACUGUGUGUAGGCUGUUAAAACAUAAACUAUAUUUUACUUUAGAAUAAUGAAUAAGCUGCACCACGCACAAUUUAGAGUAUGAUACCCGUCCAGUUCCUCGCUGCCUGUACUUAGAGUAUUUCAUUAUUGACCAGUGAAGUAGUAUCAGUACUAUAAUUUUGAGGUACUUGGAUUUUACCUUAGAAUUUCCAUUUCCUGCUACUUUCUACCUGUAGCAUAUACAAUAAUACAUUUCAAUAACAGCCUUUGAAGAUUUGUAUUAAUAACACAAAUAUCAUCAACAAAUGUAUCAUGUAUUUUUGGAUAAGAUUUGUGAAAUUCACAAGCUAUCCAAACGUAGUUAAUGAAACAUAUGAAUAGAGCAAUAAUUAUAAUUCAAUGUAUAACGUUUUAUUCUGAAAUGGGCCGGUUUGUGCUUGAUUUAACUUAGGUCAAAUUCUGAAUGCAGGACUGUUACUUUAGGGCAGAGUACAUUAUUUCUACACUGUUUUAUUACUACCUUUACUUACUAAAAGAUUUGCGUCCACCAUUUUACUUUUCAUGCCAGCAAAAUGGCAAAGCUGAACUCAACAUAUUGUCUUGAAUUUCAAACCUUUACUAUCUGGAUUAGUUAAAGGUUUAAUCGAUUAAAAUAAUUACAAUAGGAACCAACAGACCUUGGAUUAUCACUAAAUGUUUAUUUAUCAUUUUCAUAAACUACAACUGUUGAACUGCUGUUCAUAAAAAGACAUUCUCAAAGCAAGUUGUCUGUUUUUAAAAGUGGAGCAUAUCUGUAAAGAUACUUGUCUUAUUCCAUCUACCUGUCAAAUAUUUUUGGUUUUUCUUUUACCUUGAACAAUUCUGAAGACCUUUCUGGCAUGUUGUUAAUGGAAUAUAUUUGGUCUCAGAGUGGGGGGAAACCGGGUUCCUCUAUCAGGGGGAAAACAAAUGUUUCUGUGAUUUGAUUUGGUGAUUAUCAUGAAAAUGCUUAUUGUGCCUUCCAUCAUAAAUGAAGUCCAACAAAA